UUAUGGUGGUCUAUUUAACCUGUUAUAUCCAGGAUGGGCAGGGCACAAGUCAAGUGCAGAGCGGCGGCUCGGAACGCGCAGACUCACUGUAACGAACGCACGUGACGUCGGCACACGUGCGCUACCAAAACAUUCCCGACAUACUCGUAGCUCCGACGAGACAAGCCAUUUCCAGCAAGUCUUGCACUGCAGACCUGUGGGGAACUAGUGUGCAUUAUGUGAUGGUGUGUAGGAUUGUGACAAUUUAUGUUGUGUUUUGGAACUGAUCGAGUUUAACAUAGAAGUACUUCGAAGUUAGAGAUAAGUGCUAAGCACGCUUACCAUCUAUGAGAUUUUGAUACCAAAGAUAUUACCAAAACAUAUUUAAUUUAUAAUUCGAUAUAAAUCUGAAAUUAAAAUGCCAGAGAUAGGACCAAUAAUGCGGGCGUUAGAGCUGCAGCGAUUACUUGAAGACAAAGUGACUGAGUGGCGGGAGAGGUCAACGCGGGUCGCCGGGGCGAGCGUGGCCGAGUCUUAUCAACAACCGCUCAACUUCAAGCGACACACAAACAGACGCAAAAACAGCGCUGAAAUAAACAGAAUUAUCGCAAAGUACUCGAAGCCCAACAAGCGGACAGUCGAACCGAUCGUUGCAACGAUAAAUAAUGUCCAACCGCCGCAACGCCCUGCCAGACACAAAAAGAUUCAAUCCAAUUUAAAAUUAUCCAAGAGCGAAGAUAACCUCGUGCAAGCGACGAUUAUGGAUCACCCCGACCCCUCGGCCGAAUCCACUUCGCGAUUUAACUUCAGCAAAUAUAACGCCAGAAGCUGCGAAGACGUCACUGCGUUUGUUGACAUCGAACGCAACAGAAAAAGCAGAAAUUUUGAAGAAAACAGCAUUCUCAAUGCGAAAGUCUUUACUCCAGAAGUGCCUAUACAACCAAAAAGAUUACAAAGUAUCAGUGAGGAUGGACUAGGUACAUCCACAUCUAAUCUUAAGGACAGUGGUAUAGAAGUGAGGACAUCGGAUUUUGCUACUUCGACUCCUAUUUCUAGGAGAAGAGCAGUGAGUGAAAAUGUGGCUGGUUUCGAGAAGUGUUCUAAAAACCCUAGUCGUGAUAGUGCAUUAAGAAAAGGCAGUUCGGAACCAGAUAUUCUGAGUGUGAGUCCCAGCGAGGAGUCUGUGGGGACAGUGGGUUCUAAAAAGACUUUGAAGAGUCGGUGGAAGCUGCUAAAGCCUCCUUUUCGGAAAGGGACAUUGGAUUGUUUGAUACGUUGGCGAGGAAAAAAACAGCACGCCCAGGAAGAGAGGAUACAAGAAGUGGACGACAGCUUCUUCGAGAAAUUCGGCUCUUUAUUAAAGCAAGUGUCACUAAAAGCCGCUAUAGAAGAGGCGACCCCGUUAGCCCCUCUAAAAGAAAUCGAGGAAAAUGAUGGCGAGAAGGCUGAGGCCGAGCUUCUGGGGGAGAGCAGAAGUCUCGCGAGAGAUACUGACAGUGGGAAUGAAACACUAUUGGACACGGACUCCGAACCAGAAGAUCCUGAAAAGAUCGAGAGACUUGUUGAGACUAUUGGCUGGAACAUCGAUGAACUCUACCUGGAAAUCCUGUACGAGAUCCUACACAAUGUCGGCGGAUGUGACGUAGGCUGCGAGGCGGGGCAGCUGGCGAUGCUGUCCUAUGUUCAAGAUGCCUUCAAGAUCUCUAAUGACAAGCACAAGGAACUCCUUACACAGGCGGAAGCUAAGGAACCUCCAGAACUGAUGCUGAACGUAGAACUAGUAGAGGCUAAAGACUUAGUGCCAAAGGACCCGAACGGUCUGAGCGACCCGUUCGUUACGAUAUACCUGAUGUCCAAUUCCUCGCAUCGGUACAAUACGUCGGUCAAGUCCAGCACGCUUAAUCCUGUUUGGGAGGAGUAUUUCUCGUUGCCGAUGCGGGAAAACCUUCAGGAGGACUCUCUUUGUUUAGAAGUCUGGGAUUUCGACCCCGCUGAGACAGUAAAAGAGAAGAUGACCAAGAUGUUCGAAGUAAAAGGAGUAAAAGGCUUCCGAAAGCUUAUGAAAGAGAUAGCCAUCACCGCCUCCUACGGCAAACAUGACAACGAACUCAUUGGCACGGCUAACAUUCCCCUCAAGUCGAUCCCAGCAAGUGGUAUGACGAUGUGGUUCAACCUCAGCAAGAAGAGCAAGUUACGGCGCCAGGGCGUGGUGAAGGUGCGGCUCAACUUCUCUUCCGAGAAGAACUCGCAGGUCGCGGCGCAGGAGCACCGUCACCUGCUCCGGAUCCUGCUACUCCAUGAACUGGAGAAUUCCAAGGUGGCCCCAUACUGGUGGUGCGGCAACUUCAGCGGCCCUGCGGAAGCCAUCUUAACCCAGCACGUGGCGCAAAGUGGUCUCUCGCCCACUGACAACGCGCUGGCGCAGUGGAGCGUGUACUGCGCGCUCACCGUCGACCACCCGCUCAGCUUCGCCCUCUUCAACAUGCUGUUGGAAAAGAUCACUAAACCUCUACAAUCUGGUCUGAUAAAAGAAGAGGAUGUCAAGCUAUUCUGGGAUGGCGCUAAAAAACUGCUCCCGACAUGCUUUGGACAAAUCAGAAAGCUGAGGAAAAAGACCGCUGGCGACAACACCGUCAUGAAAACACUUAGAGAAGUCAUGAAAAUACUGUACAAAUUGUCCAUGUUAGAUAUUCCCGACUCCGUUGAUCUGUUUCCUAGUAAUGUGUAUGGUUGGUUGCGGAGUAAUGACAAGGGCAGGUUGACGAUUCAUGAGGUGUUGAACCAGGCGGCUAUCCAGGGCGCUUCCGAUUGGUUCGUGCAUAUUCUGGACAAUAAUGAAUGCAAGGAUAAGACGGAGGACUCAAGGCUGCAGCAUCUCAUCAGGGUGAUUCAGCUCGUGCGCUCUGAUCUGCAGAGAGCUAUUGAGUACCAUGAUAGAGUUUUCAUCGAAGUUAUGAAUUUCCCAUACUCCAAAGCGCUUUACGGACUAUACGAAAGCAAGAUCGCAUCUCUAGUGGAGCCCGAAGUAGUGGAAGUGUGUAAAAGUUUGAAGCGGUUGAACUACAGCGAGGGGUCAACGAACAGCGUGCACCUCGCGGGGGGCCUGCACGGCGCCACGGGGCUGGGCGCGCCGCGCGUCGAGGACGAGCCGCUGGCCAUGGGGACUACUCUGUUUGAGCUGUAUCUGGCUCUGCAGAGGUUUUUGACACUAGGCCAAGGACUGAAUGAAACAGACUGGAGUUCAUACGCCAUAUCCAAAUUCCACUGGUGGUUCUUCGGCGGCGUGGCCCAAUGGCUCGACAUCGCCGCCUACAAGGCGCUGACUCGCAUCGAGAAAGCCGUGGACCUGGACACACUGACUGUCAUUGACAGUAACGUGAAAUAUAGCAGUUCGGCUGUGGAUACGCUGCAGAUAUUUUAUCAGAUAAAGAUUUUCUGGACGCAGUUAGCGUGGCCUGAUGUGGAGGGGAGCUACACGUUUGUGGCUAAGAUUAUUGAUGACAUAUGCCGUUGCUGCGUGUUCUACUCCGACCGCAUGUCCGGCCGCGUGGACAGCGCGGGCCACGUCAGCACCGUGUUCGAGGAGCGCUUCGAGGUCACCUCCGAGUGGUGCGUCGCCAUCAACAACAUCGACUACGUGCGCCAGAGCUUGGAGCCCUUCGUAGAAGAGUUGGGCAUGGACGACAUCAUACAGAGGUUGUGCGAGUGCAAAUCUCCGGUAGAAGCGCAAAGAUGCAAAGACACCUUGCAGUGUGUUAUUGCAAACGCUAUUGACACGGUAAAAAAUAAAAUUGUGGAGAUCCUGGAAAUAAUGGUCAAAAAGAUGAUGCCAUCCAUCACCCGGUUCCUGAUGGAGGGCGCGGAGCUCCUGCACCAGGACUGCUCGAGCAUGGACCGCGUCAUGCGCUACCUCGAAGCCAACCUCGACACCCUCUACCAGCAACUCAAUAACGACAACUUCUCGCGGACCCUCGACAUUGUGUGGGAGCAACUCGGAGAGGUCCUCUACGAGUUGAUACAGGCCAACUUAGAGAAAGAGAAAAUCGCCACCCGUAUCCGCUUGCUUAGGCGUAGGUAUUUCGACAAAAACAAAGUAUCUCCCAAUAGCAACUACCUCCUUUUGCGGCACCGAAAAGCAAAGAUAACUCGGUAUAUCGACCCGAGGCGCCUGACCAAAUCGGCUGCUGCCAAUUUAGAUGCGAAACGAAGACCACCUAGCUUUUUCUCCAAUCUCCACGAAUGUCUCAAAAUAAUGAUCCGAUCCUUCCGUCAAGACAACAAAGACAUAUACUCAUCAGAGACACUAAAACGCGUAGAAUACUUACUGAAACUUCACGGCAUGGAGACCAGAGAACUGAUACAUCAGUACCACUUGGAGAGGUGGCAGGAGCAACAAGCUAUUAAUGAACCGAAGAUGGGAGUACUCACCGUCAGAGCACAGUUUAUUGAAGACAAUUUGAAGUUAGAAAUAUUGAACGCCAGGAAUUUGAUGGCGACAGAUUCUAAUGGCCUGUGUGACUCAUACGUGCGCGUGGGGCUGCUGCCGGAGGACUCGUUCGCCAACGUGAUGAAGCCCAAGACCCAGACGCAUAACAAAAAUCUCUUCCCGUUGUACGACGAAAUGUUCCUCAUCCCCUUGAGCCCCGAGCAGCGCCGCGUGCGCGACGGGCUGCUGCACUUCGUGAUCAAGGACAAGGACAUGUUCAGCGUGACCAACGCCUUCGUGGGCGAGGCCUACCUCGGCUUCGGCGACGUGCCCGACACCGCCGCGCCCAUCUCCAGCCUGCAGCAGCAGCACUUGCCGCUCACGAGGCCCAGUGCCAUAGAUGGGGACGCGAUAAAGGCACUGGAAUCGCGGCAGGGCGAUAAGCAAGCACGGGAGUUCCUCAAGAAACAGCGGCAGAAGAUGCCCGGAAAACAGUUCUUCUCCCUCAGUUGA